AUGGAGCUGUACAAGCUGUCUGGAAGAGCUAGCGGUGGCGUGUGCCUCAAGUGUCGGCACUACACCGCGGGCCGGCACUGCCACUACUGCAGGGAGGGUUACUACAGGGACCCCACUAAGCCCAUCACUCAUAAGAAGGCUUGUAAACCAUGCGACUGCCAUCCGGUGGGAGCGAGCGGCAAGACCUGCAAUCAGACGAGUGGACAGUGCCCGUGCAAGGACGGAGUGACGGGCACCACCUGCAACCGCUGCGCCAAGGGCUACCAGCAGUCCAGAAGCCACAUCGCACCCUGUAUACGCAUUCCGCGCGUAGUGACCGCCGUCCAGGCGAUGGAAGCGGUGGAUGCGGAGCCGGGCCGCGCAGCGGAGCAGUGCGGCCGGUGCCGCGCCGGCGCUCGCACUCUAAAUCUCAACAAGUACUGCAGCCGAGACUACGUCAUAAUGGGGCGGGUGGUAGGUCGCGAGGCGGGCCCGGCGGGCAGCGCGUGGGCGCGGCUGGCGCUGAGCGUGCAGGCGGUGUACAAGCGCGCGCCGCGCAGUCGCCUCCGACGCGGCGCCGCCGCCCUCUACGUGCGCGCCGCCGACCUCGCCUGCAAGUGCCCCAAAAUCAAGAUUAACAAGUCUUACCUAAUCCUAGGAGUGGAAAAAGAGGGAGCGUCAUCUGGUAUGCCAGGUUUAAUGGUUGGAGAGAGAACAUUACUACUGGAAUGGCGUGAUGAUUGGCACAGGCGCAUACGUCGCUUGCAACGGCGUGCUAUCAACUGUCAUUAG